AUGACCGCCAGAGGGCAUCAAAGAAAGACAAGGGUCAGCCAGGACAGCCUCACCAUGCCGUCCUCGCCGUCGCCGGGCCAGCAGGCGCAGACCCCGCAGUCGAUGUCCCCUCCCCAACAGCCGUCCCCGCAGCCCAACUCCAACGUCAGCCCCGGCCCUGCCCCAUCCCCCAGCAGCUUCCUGCUGAGCCCCUCACCACAGCCCUCCCAGAGUCCAGUGGUAGCGCACACUCUGCAGAACUUCAGCGUCCCCUCCCCGGGACCUUUAAACACCCCUGUAAACUCCAGCUCCGUCAUGAGCCCAGCGGGCUCUAGUCAGGCCGAGGAGCAGCAGUACCUGGACAAGCUGAGGCAGCUGUCCAAGUACAUCGAGCCCCUACGCCGCAUGAUCAACAAGAUCGACAAGGAUGAAGACAGAAAAAAGGACCUGAGUAUGAUGAAGAGCCUUCUGGAGAUCCUGACUGACCCCUCCAAGCGGUGCCCUCUGGAAACUCUGCAGAAGUGUGAGGUCGCCCUGGAGAACCUCGAGAAUGACAUGGCGGUGCUCACGCCCCCACCAUCCCCGGGACCACCAACCGAGCAGCAGUGCUUGUGCCAGCCGCUCCUGGAUGCCGUCCUGGCCAACAUCCACUCGCCCGUCUUCAACCAUUCCCUGCACCACACAUUCAUGCCAGCCAUGACGGCCAUCCAUGGCCCACCCAUCACGGCACCGGUGGUGUGCGCCCGGAAGCGUAAGCUGGAAGAGGAUGAGCAGCAGAGCAUCCCCGACGUGCUCCAGGGGGAGGUGGCCAGAUUGGACCCCAAGUUCCUGGUGAACUUGGACCCUUCUCACUGCAGUGACAAUGGCACCAUCCACCUGAUAUGCAGGCUGAAUGACAAGGACCUCCCGAGCGUGCCACCCCUGGAGCUCCGUGUGCCCGCUGACUACCCCUCCCAGAGCCCGCUGUGGAUCGACCGGCGGUGGCAGUACGACGCCAGCCCCUUCCUGCAGUUGGUGUACCGAUACCUGACCUCGAGGCUGCUGAAGCUCCCCGAUAAGCACUCAGUUACAGCCCUGCUUAACAUCUGGGCGGAGAGCAUCCACCGGGCCUGCCUCUCAGCUACCUAGCCACCAGCACGGCUGCAUCUCGGGCUGCCAGCCCACCAGGGACCACGGGUCGGCUGGCAGCCUUGUUGGGGCCACAGAGGACACACACCUUGUGUCGGACCCUUCUAGGUGUGGGUUCCCUAGAGAGCCUGGGCUUAGGUUAGCUUUCCUGCUUUUAUCUUCUGCCUUGGGGACCUACCAAGCGUUCCCCACACUUGAACUGGACGGGACAGGUACCGGAUGGGACAGGGGCUCUGGAGUCCGCGGUGGUAGGAGUGGCAGACAUGCCCCGGGCCUGCGCUCCUCAAGCUGCUGUCCCUUUGGCACCUGCAGAGCCCCUGUCCUCCCUGUCUCCGGGGAGAAGCCAGGGCCCUGCUACAGCCCUGGUGUGUGUGCCAGAAAACACUCCCCCCGUUUCUGUAGGAAACCCUAAAGACACACAGAAUUCACUGCUCAGUGUUGGGUUCAUACGGGGCCUGCGGAAGGGAGGCUCCUGCAUCCAGGGGCACCCGUGUGUCUCGGAAGGAAGUCUGGCCUGUGGAUAGUUUCAAGUCGCCACUACCAGCUGGACCUCACACCUCGCAGCAUGUUCCCUUCAAGCCCUGGGGCCUGCUCAGCACUGGGGGUCCUGGGGAGCAGAGCAUUCUGGGGGAACCCUGUCCCUGGCACCAUGUGUUCUAGCUGGGCUCACUUUUGGGUCAGGGUGCCAUCCUCUGGACCUGGUAUCCUCAGAGCCACUCUGGAGACGGAGGGCUCCCUGAUGAGGCAUCAGCCAGCGCUCUGGUUCAGAGGUUCCCUCUUUUGUAUGUGCACUACUAUACCUUCUGUGGUUCUUAUAAUAAAUUUAUUA